GCCACCCCUCUGAACUGCUUAUGGACCGUCCCGAACCACGUGACCGCCAACAUCCCCGCGCACAACAAUUUGUACCACGUUGCGCUUCCUGCUACAACGCUGACGUCAUCAGUCUGCGCCCGUCCAUUCAUUGCUCCUGGGCUUGUUUAUUAGUGCAGAGUGAAUAGGGGAAGAUGGGGCACCGUGACAGCUCAGCGCCUCCUGCCCGGCACCGAGUGUGAUGUGAAUAUGAUGUUUAUGUCUGACCUGAAGUCCGCCAUCUCUUUAUCAUGAGGCUGAAACUGAGGAACAUCUUUCUGGUGUAUUUUGUGGUGUCCAGCGCUGGUCUCCUGUAUGCGUUAAUGCAGCUUGGUCAGCAAUGUGACUGUAACCAUCAUGCGAAUCCUGCCAUUGAUGUUCGCAGAAGGGAAACCCCACGUCUUCGCGGUGGAGAGAAUUUACCUGUUAUAUAUGUUGUAACCCCAACCUAUGCAAGACCUCACCAGCGGGCCGAACUUACCCGCCUGUCCCAGACGUUACUUCUUGUCCCUGCUCUUCACUGGAUCUUGGUGGAGGACUCAGCGGAGCGCACUAGUUUGGUGUCUGACCUGCUGGCGCAGAGUGAAUUGAAGUACACCCACCUAAAUGUGCAGACCCCGCCAGCAAUGAAACUGAAGGACUCGGACCCCAAUUGGUUAAAGCCGCGCGGAGUGGAGCAUCGAAACGAAGCUAUACGCUGGCUUCAUGAGAACCGAUCGCCCAAGGACCAUGGGGUCGUUUACUUUGCUGAUGAUGACAACACUUACAGUAUUAAAAUCUUUAAAGAGAUGCGUAACACACUAAAAGUAUCUGUCUGGCCAGUUGGUCUGGUUGGAGGGCUCCGAUAUGAAGGUCCUGUGGUCAGUGCGGGCAAAGUAGUCGGCUUCCAUACAGCCUGGAAGACGCACCGACCGUUCCCCAUAGACAUGGCUGGAUUUGCAGUAUCCUUGUCGCUACUUCUGAGUCAUCCAAAGGCGCAGUUUGACCCGAACGCAGAAAGAGGUUUUCUGGAGAGCAGCCUUCUGGGGCCGAUGGUCACGGCUGAGGAAUUGGAACCCAAAGCUGAUAACUGCACUAAGAUCUGGGUGUGGCACACAAGAACUGAGAAACCUAAACUCAAGCAAGAAGACUUACUGGAGAAGCAGGGGAAGGGAUCGGACCCCCGAAUUCUAGUGUAAUCACGCAGGCUCUACGGAUCAUGUACGCUGCAGAUUUACUUCGAGCUUUUUAAGGUCAGGUUCACACAUUACAUUUUGCCUGGUUUACAGUUUUUAUAGACUACACGAAUGGAUCCUAUAGAGGGGAGAAGGAAACCUUUAUCGCUCUUUCCUUUCUGGGAUCUAUUUCUGCCGAUACUUGUCAUGUCCGGAAUAUUUUGUCGCCCCCAUUUGUGGUCGUCACAACCCCCCUUCACCCUGCACCGCACAAGACACUGUAUUGCAGCCUUUUAUUUUGGUCUCUGCUGAAUUUACAUAUUGGCAGCUACAACCGGGUGGGUGCCCCCCUCCAACAAUUUCCUUAUAGCCAUAGGCCACAUCAUAUGCCAUACAUAAGGGAAAGGACCUUUGGGUCUUCUGUACAUAGGGUAAGUAAUAAUAUAAGCAGCCUCGGGUUAUCUCUACAGUCUAUACAAUC